AUGUUUGCUGCCUACCUAGCCAGGUCAGUCCAGCCCAGUACUAUUCGUGUGUAUCUGUCUGCUGUACGCAACCAUUACCUACACCUAGAAGCGGGCCAUGCGGACCCUCUGGGCGACACCUGGCUACUGGGCCGAGUUUUGAAAGGCAUAGACCGUUGCCACGGGAACUCAGCCACUCGUCCCCGGUUGCCAAUCACAGUGCGUAUGGUGCACCAACUGGUUGAUGCCUGUCAUCGCUGCACUACCCUGAAUGACAGUGAUAAACGUCUUUAUGUUGCAGCCAUGCUGAGUGCUUUCUAUGGGUUCCUGAGAUGCGCGGAAUUUACCAGCAUAGUACGUCGUCGCGACGUCAAGUUCGAGCAGGGGGCAGCACUCAUAUUCCUCCGCACUUCCAAGACCGACCCGUCUGGCCGAGGGGUAACCAUAACAAUAGGCCCAGCAUCGCCCCCGUAUUGUGCAGUUUCCGCGCUUCUCCAAUACCUGCUGGGAACUCGCAGCUCGACCAGCCCGGACCGGCCCCUGUUUGUGCUGAGUAAUGGUCAGCCUCUAUCACGACCGGCAUUUACGGCAACUGUGAGGAUGCUGCUCACCAGUUGCGGCUUUGACUCGGCACUGUAUGCUGGCCACUCAUUCCGGAUAGGUGCCGCCACCACAGCAGCGCUGGCCGGGCUGCCAGACUCCGUAAUCAGAGAGGCGGGCAGAUGGAAGAGCGAUGCCUGCCUGAGGUACAUUCGUACGCCGACUGCAGCCAAGGCACGGGUGGCUGCGGCAAUGGCCUCAGCCCCUGAUAUCAAAUUCUGA